AUGGCCUGCUGCGCUACUAGCUUCUGUGGCUUUCCCACAUGCUCCACCGGUGGGUCCAGCUGUUGCCAGCCCUGCUGCUCCCAGUCCAGCUGCUGCCAGCCCUGCUGCUCCCAGUCCAGCUGCUGCCAGCCCUGCUGCUGCCAACCAAGCUGCUGUGGAACUGGCAGUGGCCAGGAGGGUGGCAGUGGAGCCGUGAGCUGCCGCGUCAGAUGGUGCCGCCCAGACUGCCGCGUGGAGGGCACCUGCCUGCCCCCCUGCUGUGUGGUGAGCAGCACACCCCCAACCUGCUGCCAGCUGCACCAUGCCCAGGCCUCCUGCUGCCGCCCAUCCUACUGUGGACAGUCCUGCUGCCGCCCAGCCUGCUGCUGCUACUGCUGCCCCCCAAGCUGCUCUGAGCCCAGCUGCUAA